AUGGAUACGUUCUUCGGGUUAAAAAAAAACUGUCCGGAAGAAAAUGGCGAUGAUACCGCAAGCGCCCGAUCCGUCACAAAGGCGAGUCUCACUGUCGGAAUGCGUUCGGCUUCCCAGCGGAACGUUAAAUACCUCGAUUGGGGCGAGGAUGCAUACAAUGCAUUAAACGAUGAAACGUUUGGAGCCGCGGAUCAAGACGACUGGGAGGACAUUCACGAAAAAUUAGUCCGCCUUGAACGUAGUAAGAAUGAUCGCACUGAUUCCCUAUCGCAAGAAGACGAAGAUGACAGCACCGAUCAAUCGUUUGAGAAAUACGAGCCGGGACGGAAACCAAAUAAGCCGAGCCUCUAUGACAGCAGCAAUAAAAGUGGAUAUAGCUGUACCGAAACACAAAAGAAUGGUGAUGACUUGGCGAACAAAUUACGACUCGGUUCUAGUAUUUGGAGUGACCCUAUGGAGAUUAGAUCCGAACCACAGCGUCUAUAUUCAACAGUUGUUAGUCCGAAUGUGUCCCAACCGUUACAGCCCACCACAUUCGGAUCCGUAGCCGUCGAGCAACCAAUAGAGCAAAAGAAAUUAAGCUCCCUCCCUGGAUUCAGGCCCCCGGUGAGCAUGCUUUCUCUGCAAGACAUCGAGAAAAACCUCAUUCAAACACAGCGGCAAAGCAAUGAGAUAAACCUUCCACAUGUACAACAGCACAUCGCGCAUCAGCAGCAGCCUCCAACAUUACCCAUUUUAAUACCACCGCCGACUCCACCCCUUUUGAUGGUUUCUUCUCUGGCGGGACAGCCUUUACGGAUUGCACCCAUUCUAAUGAAGCCCCCACCACCUCUGAUGACGGCUAGAAACCUCAUGUUUUCCCCAGGGUUAGUGCCAGCCCCAUCCCUACCAUUGAUGGGCUUCCCAAAUCCGACACAGACGGGUUUUCAGCCGUACAACUUAUUAGCUCGACCGCUUUCGACCCCAAUCAACAAUUUUUCAAUGCAUUCAGCAUUUCCACCACAACCAUUCGGUUCACCGUUGCAAGGUUUACUUGGUGGACCAGUUCCUGUGGGUCCUCCGUUUUUGCCACGCCAUCCAAUAUCACCGGUUCCUUUCUUGUUGCAACCGAAUCCAGCCCCUCCUUUGCAAACCAAUCCACUUAAUCAACGUUUGAUGCAGGAAAUACAACAAAAUCACCCACUUUUGGCUAUCAAUAGACAGCUCGCAAACACGCAUAAUGCGUUCAGCAACCGUGUAAACAAUAAUAUCCCUCAAAAUAAUCCUAUGCACAACAUUUCGAAUGAGCAACAAUACCAACAGCACCAACCGCAGCAACAGUCACUUCAACAGCUUAUUGACGAUAGUUUGCAGAGAGCCGGAUGCUCGCAGGUGCUGGAUGAGUAUGCAAAUAUGAUGACCAUCUGGGAAAAACGAUGGAUGAUCGGUAUACAGCUGGAGCAGCUCAAUUUCGAUACGCCCUAUAUUAGUGAUUACUACUUCACCGUAUACAAGACGCGGCUAGCAGCCGACAAGGAUGAAAAUAAGAAGCGUACGGUGGAGGAUAUCCUACAGAACCAGCCACUUGCGCAACCGAAGGAUCAACCAGUAUUUAUGAUGUCAUUGCUUGCUAACAACGAUAUUUCUGCCCUGCUGAACGAAAUUCGGGAACAGAUAUGUUUCGAUUCGAAGUCCGUGUGCGCUAGUGAUGAACAAAAUUCUACAUUGCCUGAAAACUCUCUAGGAAGGCGAAAUUUUGGAACGUUGUCGGCGCCUAGAAUACUGAUAGACACGGCCUUGAUGGCUAGUGAUCACGCAAAUGGAAAUGCCACUACCACUGUUGAGGUAUCUGGGAUGCAACGUAAAGCGCGUCACGUGCUUAUCGUGAUCGAACAGUUGUACAAAAUAGUGCUUGACAUGGAAGAUCUGCUAAAUCCAAUUGCCAUACAAUUUGCCAACCAACUGCGAGAAAAGAGGAAGCGUGAAAAAAUGUCUAUAGCUGGCGAAGUAAGCGAUAUCACAGCAGAAGCGUCGCCGGAAUGUACGGGUAAAAGUUCCACGACUGACACACUGGAAGCAACGACAUCUUUCGAUGAUCUUGCAUCUUCUUUGAUAGGACAACUGUCCCAGGAUAAAAUCACGUCCAUUAUGGGCGUGCGUAAAGGAAAAAAUCUUCUCCGACGAUCGCUUGCCGUACUUGAUAAAGAUCCUCGACGUUGGACGAUAUGGAGAAUGGUUUUCUUCGCCGUGCCCUGUCUACCAAAGAAGGAUCGGGAAGACGCCGAUGGGCUCCUUCUGACGCUGUUUGAUGAGCUCACACGUCAGCUUCGUUACGGGACGUCGGUCGAUUUACUGCAGAUGGCCAAAACCAUCAGUAGUAACAGCAAAGUUAUGCAGUGCAUCGUUUCCAAUAAGUUCCUGCUAUAUUGCAUCAUAACGAUAAUCUUCCAGAUGGAAAUAUUUUGUGGAAAAAAUCCGAAAACUCUCUUGGAAAAGAAGCAAAAUAGCAGCACCCCUCAAAAGGACUGGUGGAUAUCGUUCCUGAUAGAGGUGAAUCGAACAGUAAAGGAUAGCAUUUCCCCGCACGGUGUCGGAUCGCUACCUAUCUCCAUCAAUGUGAUUAAGGAUAAUAACAUUAUCCGUACACUUCGAGUACACUUUGAUCGCUUCAAAGGUCAGGUGGUUGGGACGGAUCUGUUGAACUUUAUAACCGACAAUGGAAAUAGCGAUCUGCGGCCAGGGUUUGCCAGAAAACAAUCAUUCCAAGCUAAGGACUAACUGAAACUAAAAUCUACGGCCAAUAUUAUUUAAAUCAUUUGAAUCAUUGAUUUAUAUUCCUCUU